GCGUUAGAGAAGCAAAACAUCGAACAAAAAACUGUAUUAACUCUUUGUUAUUCAUCCUCUCUUACCCCAUGUAGCAUAUGAAUUUGUGUCCCUAAUUACCCCAUAAAUAACAAGCAUUUUAACAACUGCGUAUGAGAUGUGAAUCACUGGACCAGAACCAGCCAUCAAUGUCAGGUGCUGGGGAGAGAAUAACAUCAUCAGAGGAAAUCAUGGCUGCAUACAAAGCGAGGUUGCUGGAGUUUGACACCGUCUUGAACGCCAAGGUGAUUGACAUAGAGAGAGUGCGGAAGCUGUGUUUCAGUGGAGCUCCUGAUGAAGGCGGCCGAAGAGCACUGUGCUGGAAGUUGUUGCUGCAUUAUCUUCCCCUUGAUACCAUCCAGUGGAAUGACACACUAAAUAAAAAGAGAGCUCAAUAUCGCCAUUUUGUUGAGGAGAUGGUAGUUGAGCCAGCCAGACUGAGUAAGAACGGCAGUGGAAACAACCAUGUGGAUGAUCAUCCCCUAAAUCCCAACCCAGAUUCUCAGUGGGGAUCAUUCUUCAAGGACAAUGAAGUUCUAAUGCAGAUUGAUAAGGAUGUCAGACGGCUUUGUCCAGAUAUAAUGUUCUUUCAGCGUGGGACUGAGUUUCCUUGUAAAUUGAUAGUGGACGAUCCUGAGGUGGAGAGACUUCACCGUCGAGUCACCCAUUCCUCCUUAUCUGCCUCUUCUGUUACAAGAAAGGGGCUUGGUAUCACGAAGAACUAUGCCAAACUUCUGAAUAUGAUAUUGUCUAUUAAAGAAAAUGCUGAGGCGGAUUGUUUUUGGUCCUUCAUCUCGUUGAUGGGCGAGAUACGUGACUUCUUCAUCCGAACCCUUGAUGACAGUGAGAGUGGGAUUGGUGCCAUGAUGGCGCGGCUGAUGUCCAACCUCAGACAGCAUGACCAUCAGCUGUGGAAUCGUCUCAGAGUCCAAGAGCUACAACCUCAAUUCUUCAGCUUUAGAUGGCUGACGCUUCUCUUGUCUCAAGAGUUUGACCUUCCAGAUGUGAUCCGUGUCUGGGACUCGCUCUUUGCUGAUGCCAACCGCUUUACUUAUUUGAUCCAAGUUUGCACAGCAAUGAUGGUGUUGCAGAGGGAUGUCAUGAUGCAGAAUGACUUUGCUUCCAACAUGAAAAUUCUUCAAAAUUACCCACCUGUGGAUGUGCAAGUACUGCUGAACAAAGCUACGGAACUUGUGGAGAAUCCUAGUGAGAGUUUUUGUGAUACUACAAAUAUGGAAGAGUCAAGUUGACCCCUGGAGCCAAGUGAUGGAGACAAGUAACAUAGGCAGUUUGGCCUGCAAGGUGGGUGUUUGUUACAAUGUCUUUUAUACAGUACUGUUUUAUAGGAGAACUGUUCAACGCUUGUGUGCGCAGUUGCCCCAUGUUAUGGCUUCAAAUAGUUUAGGAUGGAUAAAGGGGAGAUGCCAUAGCAAAUGAUUGUAUAAUGAAUAGGUACUCUGGUCACCUGGGUUAAGUGGUACAUAUUAACCUCUUCUAUGCAUGAUUCAUGUGCAGAACACUUCUCCACUUCAUGGGGGUGUGUCUUGGCAGUUUAUUAAUUAAUUUGUUGCCUAUUGUUUUAUUUCAAAUGUUUAAGGUAAUAUUAAUGCUUAUAAAUUAAUGAAAGUACUGUAACUCAUUUAAAUAUAUUUGAGAUAACUUGAAAAGUUUCAUUUGCGUAUUUCAGUACGUUGCAUUAGUGUUGUGACUUAUUAUUAUUAUACACGCAUGUUAUUUAUAACAAUAUAGAUAAUAUAUAGUUACAUAGAAGAAAUGUGUUUUACAAUUGUUACAGAUGUUCAUUCUGUACUAGAAUGAGCCUGCUCUUCUCACAAGGUCCAGAGCUCUUCUGGUAUAAAGACAUAAUUUCUUUACAUAUCUAAUUAGAUUAUAUUUCUGUCUGUGAUCCACAUAGAUAAACAUCCAAGGGUUAUACAAACAUUUUUAGUUUUUCUCUUGUUUUUGAUGGGUUAAAAACAUUUGUAGAUUUAAUGUAGUUUUUUUACCAAUUUCCAUGAAAAUGCUUUUUUACUAUUGAUUAGAAAUAGCAGAUUCUCAGUAACUCCUCCCAAUUGGUGGAAGACACGGUAUGUACAGUAGUCAAUUUCAGUGAGAAAUUUUACCCAACCAUCAGCAAGUUUCAAGUACUUUAAAAUAUUAGAUAUACUUGGCUUUUUGACCAAGAUGUAUUAUUUUCUAUAGAAGGAUUUAGCAGUAUUAGUUUCUAUUACAAUUUCAAAAUAAAGUAAGAUAAAAAUGUAUUGUCUGUUGAGAAGUAAUCAAAAUACUGUAGAGAACUUGAAUUGUAUGUUAGACAUGCCACCUUAAUUAACAUAUGUUGGAUACAACACCUUAGUGUAUGUUAGAUACACCACCUUAAUGUAAGAUACGUAGCCGUAAUGUAUGUUAGAUACGCCACCUUAGCGUAUGUUAGAUACACCACCUUAAUGUAUGUUAGAUAUGCAUCCUUAACGUAUGUUAGAUACGCCACCUUAAUGUAUGUUAGAUACAUUACCUAAUGUAUGAAGAGUAAUUUGUUUGUGCAGCAGACACGGUGCCAUAACAAAAUGGACACCAUAGAUGAUUUUAUUUUCAUCAGAUGGUCUAAGCUUUGUAAUACUACUGUUGAGAAGACAGUACAGUACCUGUUAUCUUACACAUGCCAGUCUGGAUAUUAGGCUUUGCAGUAUAUUUUACAAAUUUGGAAGCACUGGCCUGAUAUAUAUUUUGAGACGUUUAUCUGGAUGGACUGGAAAUGGAAGUUAGUCCGCUUCACUGCACUAAGCUAGGCAUGAAUUUAUCGACUUUGUUGCGGUGGUGGGCAUAUUUAGCAAUUCACAAACCUUUUGUUGUGCUGUAUCACACACGUUGCUCAUAUUUAGUGAUAUAAUAAAUAUAAUCUCUGUAUGUUUACAUAACCUCGUUUAUCUUUAUUAUAUUCUAAUGUUUUGUUCUAAUACAUCGUUUUAAAUGUUAACAUUUCUUGUUUUGAAUUUUAAAAUUUCUUUAUUACAAUUUUUUAAUUUUGUAUUCAAUUUUAAAUUUCCUGUUUUGAUUACAGUAUCAAAAUUUCUUAUAAUUCUAAAAAUGUGAAACAUGAUACUGUACAGUAUACAGUAUAUAAAAGUCAAUUUUGUCAUUGUUCAAAUUAAGAUUAUGCAUGGAAGGGGUUAGCCAAAUUUGCUUAGUGUUAAGCAAAAAUAAAAUUUUGACUAGUAAAAUAUAUGUUACUGGCAUGUUAAGAAUUUGUUUGGUUAUGCUUUUCUUCUAAUCUUUAUAAAUAACAUUUUUAAACAGGCAUCCUUGGUAACUAACAUGAAAGGAAUUAACAUGGUUUGUAUUUUGAAUUGAAUACAUAUGAAAUAAUAUGUUUGUUAUUGUCUACAGAGGGUAUGUAAAUAUGAUUAUUUAAUUUUUUUUUAGGAAGGAAAGGUGAUGGAGCAUAAAUGUAUAAUAAUUGCAAAAGAUUGUAAGGAAAAUGGAUAGGAAUGAAAAUAAGGUAAUGGAUGGAGAGUUUGGGAGAAAGUCAAAUGAGAUAUUUGUAAGAACUAAGAAAUUAUUUUACUGAAACGAUAAAGAACGUCAUAGUGGAGUAAAGGGAGAAGUCAAUAGAGGGAAGGAUGUUGAGGGGGUUGGGGUGGCUAUGUCGACAGAUAUGUGUGAUGUUAUCAGUUGAUAGAAUGAAUAUUUUAUGAAGAAUAAAUACAUCAGUGAA